UAUUCCUCUACUUCUUCCUUGUUUCAGCCUUUCCUGAUGCUCCGGUGCCGGCGAGGAAUUGCAUGCAGCGGCGCGUGUGAGGCACCCCGCCAGCUGGCCUCUUGCGCUAAUUCAGCUCGUCGAUGGCCGACGCGUGUCACCACUCAUCCUUAUCCGACGAAGCCAGUAAAAAUCACCUGGAACCAUGCACAUUGAAUCGAAGAGGUUGUGAGGUCGAGCUAGCAGGAAGAAACCGCUAGUCAGAAAAUAAGAGGAUUGCACUUAGCUUGUGGCUGAAAAGCUUGAGAU